UGUUGGUUCCUUAACAUGGCUGAAAUUAUGGAAAAGAAGGAGAGUCCCGGAACUGGAAAAUCGAAAAAACUGUUGGCCAUAAUUAUUUUGGCUAGAAAUAUUUCGGAAGGUCUCAAAAAGAGCUUCCACACGAAAAAACAAAUAAUGGAAAUCGGGGGUAGCUGUUUGUAUCUCAAUCCAGAAGAAGACAAAAAUAUAAUAAACGACCAAAAGAAUGGAAAGUUUAAUAUUAAUUCUUCACCAGAAUAUAAUGAAACACGUUCUGUGAAAAAAUAUUUUCCCCAGGCUUUAGCAGCAGUUCUGUCGGCCAUGAUGCACCUCUCUGUAGGAAUGACGAUGACAUUCUCGGCUGUUUUGAUUGCGCAACUUCAAAGUAAAGACAGUGACCUUAGGGCAACAACUAGUGAAAUAACCUGGAUAGCAAGUGUGUUAAUGUUAACAAUGCCCAUUGGCAAUUUAACGGGUGGUUUCAUAAUGGAACGACUGGGACGUCUGAACACCAUAAAAUUAACAGUAAUACCAUUAUGUAUUGGAUGGGUUCUUGUAGCUACGGCCAACAACGUAACCAUGAUAAUAGUUGGCAGAAUGUUAGCUGGAGUCGGAGCAGCUUGGGGUACCAACCCUGCUCUGGUGUUUAUAACGGAAAUAAGCUGCCCCACAUUGAGGGGUUCGCUUGUGUCGUUAGGGGCUUCCUUUGCAACUCUAGGGAUGGCGCUAUCUUAUAUAUUCGGAUGGAUUUUGCCUUGGCGAACGUGUGCCUGGCUGGCCAAUAUCAUCCCCCUGGCAGCAGGCCUAACCCUCCUGGCGAUCCCUGAGAGCCCUCCUUGGUUAGUGCAGCGAGGAAAAAUCGGGAAAGCCAAGAAAUCAUUGGAAUGGUACUACAAAUAUUAUCCUUUAGAAAAUGGUCAAAGUGUAGCCGAAAAUCAACUAGAGCAUCUCGUGAAGACCAAGAACGAUAGGAAGCAAGAGCACGCUGAGAAAAACAGGGGAAACUUUAAGAUAUUUAUUCACGAAUUCUUCAAACCGACUGGCUACAAACCCUUUCUAAUAAUGUUGGGGUUAUUAACACUUCAACAGUUUUCCGGUAUAUUCGUCGUUUUAAUGUAUGCAGUAACCUUCAACGAGAGCGGCCAUUUUCAAAUCAAAAUGGAAGUUGGAGCGAGUUGUUACAGCUUAGCGGCAACCGAGACUGCCGAACAAAGAAGAAAAGAUGAAAAAGUAACGGAAAUUAUUACCAGCUGUACCUCGCUUACUCAGUAUGAGCAAAAAGCAUCUUUUCAUGCCUACUUUCCUCAGAUUUUGGCCGCCCUUCUGGCAGCUUCGUUUCACGUAGCUGCGGGAAUGACUUUAGCUUAUUCUGCAGUUCUAAUACCUCAACUUGAAGAUCCCAAAAGUGACCUUAAGGUCACGCCUGAAGAAAGCACCUGGAUAGCAAGUUGUCUAAUGCUUAUAAUGCCAAUUGGUAAUGUCAGCGGUGGUCUAAUAAUGGAAAAAAUUGGUCGGCUAAAUACCCUAAAAUUAGCCGCCCUUCCUACAUGUUUGGGCUACGUCUUGAUAGCCACUGCUAAAAAUAUUCCCAUGCUGCUAGUAGGGAGGCUACUUACUGGAUUUUCAAGUGCAUGGGGUGCUAAUCCAGCUAUGGUUUUCAUAACUGAAAUUGCAAGUCCCCAAGUUCGAGGAAUUCUCAUAUCAAUCGCCCAAACAUUUGCUGCAUUAGGCAUGGUCCUGGCAUAUCUCUUUGGCUGGAUCCUGGACUGGAGAAUAGUAGCCUGGAUAGCCAAUACAUUUCCAAUUUUGGCCGGACUCUCCCUAAUCAUCGUUCCUGAGAGUCCAGCGUGGCUGGUUAGCAAAGAUCGACAGGAUGCAGCAAGGAAGUCUCUAGAGUGGUACUACAAAAACUUCCCCCAACCCGAAAACAGGAAGUCCACCCUGGCACAAAUGCAACUGGACCUUUUAGUUAAGGACAACGAACAAAAGAAAGCGGAAAGGAAAAACGAAAAAGAAAGCACAUUUAGAAAGUUCGUCCGGGGAUUCGUGAAACCUACAGGAUACAAACCAUUCCUAAUCAUGUUUGGAAUAUUUUUUGUGCAACAAUUCACUGGCAUCUACAUCACACUGUUUUACACAGUCAAUUUUGUAGAGGAUAUUGGGAGCGAUAUUAAUCCGUAUGGUCUGUCGGUUUUCAUAGGCGUUAUACGUUUUAUAAUGUCAGGUUUAGGGGCCAUUACGAUCAAAAAAUGUACUAGACGAGGAUUACUCAUUUGGAGUACUUUAGGAAUGGCAGUGUGCAUUGGGAUAUCUGGUCUAUUUACCUCCUUUAUCACCAACGGUAGGUUACACCAUUAUCAUUAUCAUCAUAAGGUCAUCAGUCCUAAGACUGGUUUGACACGUACCUCCACU